CUCCUCCUCCUACCCCUCCUCCUCUUCUUCAUCCUUCAAAAGAGAGCCGGCAGCUACAUGACUGUGGGACUCCUGUGUUUGGGUGCAGAGGAAGCGCAUACUACAGCAUAUCUGAAGGGAAAAAAACUCACAAGCCGUCCCAACAUGAUGGGAAGAACCAGCUUGGUCUUCAGCCUCAUCGUAGCAGCAUUGCUCUCUGGCAUCGCUGCUCAGAGAACAGCUUGCAAGACUGGCGAUAUUGUCUUCCUACUUGAUCGGUCUAGCAGCAUCAACCAAGACAAACACAAUAUCAUGAAAAACUUCACGACAACAUUAGUCGACAGCUUUGAAGUCGGUGAAAAGUUGGUGCAUAUUGGACUUUGCCAGUUCAGUGACGAGCCUAAUGAUGAGUUUUACCUCAACAAGUACUACAAUAAGGAGGAUUUGAACACACAAAUCCUUAAUGUGGAUUACAAAGGUGGAAACUCCUACUUAGGGAGAGCCUUGGAUCACGUUAAGAAGUACUUUGAGAAGUCGCAGGGCAGCCGUGACCAGGUCCCCAAAAUUCUGGUGGUGAUCACAGAUGGUGAUUCUGAUGAUGAUGUGGAGGACGCAGCUGACAUUCUCAGGGAUCAGAACAUUACGGUAUUUGCCAUCGGUGUUGGAGACGUCCACGACCUGCAGCUCCUGCAGACUGUUGGCAUCCCAGAGAGGAUGUUUGCUGUGCGGAACUAUGAUGUUUUGCACUCUCUCAAGCAAAGGGUGGUUGACGCCAUGUGUGGUGACCCAAACCCUCCCCCACCCCCACCGCUCACAGACACCCCAUGACCCCCAAAAUCCCCCACAUCGCCACAACUCGAAAGACUGCACCAUUGAUAUCGCCAAAAGAUUCAAUAUUUCUCGGAGGACCAGACCUGAUGAGGUGCUGAUCAGUGGCCUGUAGAGGAAAGUUUUUAUCUGUCAUACUGAUGUGUGAUAUUUCAUUCAUAUAUUAUCCAUUACUGCAUGUUUUUUUAAUAUUUUCAUGACUUUAUAUGUAUUUACUUUGUUCAUCUAUACUAUAUAAUAUAUCAGUUAUAGGGAUCCAUUCUAAGUGCUCUAUUAUCUUAAAAGGAAAUCAUAGUUUCUCCUGCCUCCAUAGCACUGAAGCUGCACUGCCCCCUCCCUCUCGUGUAGCUGAUGUACUUGGCAGUACCUGGCAAAGGGCCAAUACCCUGAAGCAGCUCAGACUCAGCAGUAAAAUAAGCAGAAUCAGCAAGUGUACCGAAUUGCUGAGUCAACAAGAAUACAGUCCCUCCCUCUGCAUGCUCACCCAUAAAAACCCUGAGGUUUCUUUGUCUCACUGACACACUUUCUCAGACUGCUUGUCACUCUGUUAAACUGUCUCCUUCUAAUUGCAAGAAUAAUAAAGAAAAUAACAUGGAUAA